AUGCGACUCUGUGGCUUACUGUUGCUUGCUGUCUGCGUGCGGGCAACCCCGAUCAUCUUCGGCCCGCGCGUCACCCCGCCGCUGGGCGCUGCCAUCGUGCGAUUGAACACGACUAAUUCGCACGAGUAUCCCUCUGUGCAGUCAGCGGUAGAUGCUCUCCCGCAGGAUAACACCACGAGGUCGAUCUUCAUCUACCCCGGCACGUACAGCGAAGCAGUGUACAUCAACCGCACUGGCCCCACGUACGUCUACGGCUACACGCGGGACGCGUCUACUUGGGAACAGAACGAAGUCACUAUCACCCGAUACGCGGCUAAGAAUACGACGGGGAGCGACGAUGCCAGCGGGACGGUGCGCGUGCAUAAGGACAGGUUCGGGAUGUACAACAUCAACCUGGUCAACACGUUCGGUGAGAGUGCGUAUAACGGACAGGCACUUGCCUUGAGCGCGUAUGGCAACGAGCACGGGUAUUACGGAAUGAGCUUGAAGAGCUAUCAGGACACACUCCUCGCCAACACUGGUACCCAGUUCUACUCCCAUUCCUACAUCGAAGGCGUCGUCGACUUCAUCUUCGGGCAAGAAGGCCGCGCCUUCAUCACCAAAUCCCGGAUCGGCUCCGCCGGUCCAGGCUGCGUGACCGCCUCCGGCCGUGACUCAGCUACGAACCCGGCGCUCUACGUGCUAGAUCAGUGCGAGAUCGUGCUUGCCGAAGAUGCGGAGCCGGGAACGAGCGGGAAGGUCUAUCUUGGGAGGCCGUGGCAUGAUUAUGCCGCUGUGAGCGUACAAAGGAGUUAUUUGGGCUCGGAGCUUAACCCGGCUGGGUGGAGUAUCUGGGAUCCCCCGCCGAACGAGAACAUCGACCAUGUCACAUUUGUGGAGUACGAGAAUUAUGGACCCGGGAAAUGGAAUGCUCAGCGCGCGAAUUUUUCGAUGUUGUUGAACACGAGCGCAGAGGAUGCACCGUAUACUAUUGGCAGUGUGUUGGGGAGCGAUUACUUGACAUGGGUUGAUCAGCGGUAUUUGUAG